AUGUGGCAGGCGUUUGUCGACAACACAACACUACAUGGUGUCAGAUAUGUUUUUAAGAAGCGCCACAUUCUCACUCGCUUAAUCUGGUUUGUGCUACUGCUGACCUCUGGAGGAUUUUACAUUUUUACAGUUUACACAGCUGUCGUUACAUACUUCGACCGUCCUAUCAACACUGUAGUAAGCAGGAAAAAUGUCGAAGGAAUGGAUUUUCCAGCAGUCACAAUCUGUCCUCAAAAUGACUUUGCUAAAAGCAAGCUAUACAUGACAGAUGACAACCCAUUGUUUGCUUCCACCGGGUUAAAUAUUAGCGCCUGUGCCGUGACUUCAAAAGUAAGAGGCGAUAGACCUUGUGGAUGGUCACUUCUUUGCGCUUUGCCUGAAUUUCAAGCCUAUUUACGCCCCGCUAUACCAAACUGCACAAGACAAUACAGUAAUGAUCUUUGGAGUGAAAUUCAAAAAUCUCUCCAUUAUAUCGACAAAGAAGUUAUGUAUCGUUACUUCAGCCAAGAACUAGACUUUCUCAUUGGCCCAGCAUGUAGCUUUAAAAAGAAUAUACAUUGCUCAGCAAGAGAUUUUGUUCCCUUGGAAACUAAAUGGGGCAAGUGUUAUACCUUUAACUCAGGUAAAAAUGACAAAAUAAAGAGAGUGAACAGUGCUGGCAUAUCAUUUGGAUUUGCUGUCAUUCUCGAUGUCCAAAGAGAAGAAUACAGUUUUGGAAAGCUUUCAGAAGGAUUCAAGGUAGUGAUUCAUAAGCAAGGUGAAUUCAUCGAUGAAUGGGAAGGAAUCAACGUUGGGCCAGGACAGCAUGCUGCUAUUGUGCUUUCGGAGAAAAGGGUAACUUUCCCCACUUGUCUUCAAUGAAAGUGGCUGCGUGUCACGCUGUUUGUUAUCUUUUUAAAAAGCUAACUUUUUUUCACAUCAUUUGUAUUUGAAAAAUUGAAACUGUCUCCUUUCCUCCGUUGCAAUAGUCUGCUACACAGCCGUUUUUAGUUCCUCCCCACGAUGGAAGAGCUUUGCGUGACGACACUAAAAACGCCUGUGGCAGACUACCGUUGCAACGGAUGGCAAGGAUGGACAUGGAUUGGAUCGAAACUUGAAAAUUGUGGGCCAACUUCAUAACGGAAUCAGUAGACUCUCCUAAGAAAGAAAUACCCUCGUGUCAUAACCUUUUUAGGAGAAGACAAUGAAACCUUCAUUUCUUUCUCACAAUCUAUCCUUUUGUAUCGUCGUGGUCAUAGUUGUACUGUUCCAUUUGUUGAGACAGAAAUUACAGAAAAAUAACGGUAAACUUGUCCUAGCGAGUUUCGCCUUUUUCCAUUUAAUUUUGAAAAUUGUUAAAUUAUUAAAAUAGGUGCAACAUGUAUCAAAGGCUAUUCUUAUACAGUAGAAACCAAAUAGCAAUAAAAAACAUAAAUAUUCUCCUUGAUCCUGCUCUCUCCGCCGAAAAAAGUUACAAUUUCUUACGUUCUUUGCCAAGAAUACUAUUUCAGAUUUCAUGAAGUGGUGACGUUAACGGUAGAUGGAAAGGGUAGAGGAUCUUGUAUCAAGACUGAGAAGCAAUGCAACUGGACUUCUAAUUUUUUUAAAUAAUUUGAUUCGGUAUUAUGUAGUACAAGAAUCUGGGAAAGCCGUACUCCACCAAUUGUACCAAGAAGAAUUUGAAAACCUUUGAUACUUACACAACAGCAGGUUGUCUCUUUGAGUGUGAAGCUGAGAUGAUCAUCAAGGAUUGUAAUUGCCGACCCUCUGGUUACAAAGGUACUAGGAAUUAAGAAAAGAAUUACGAAUUUUAACGAAAGAUAUUUGAUUUUAAAUCCAUCAGAACUUCUUGGAAGGUUCAAAUCAUAAGUUAGUAACAAUUCCCAACAAACAUGGUUUGCAAAGCGUAAACUGGCUUUCUACAAUAUUAACGUGUUUACUAAUACAAGGGAGCAAUUAGAGGCAGAGCAGUCGUCCCAUAGUAGUAUGGUAGGGGUGAAAUUAAUCCCGUUUUUGGCUAGGCAUCUCAUUAAGGAGGGCGUCGAUGACGUCAUAGCCUUUUGUCUUUAUCACAUGAAUAAAAUGCACAGAAAUCUCAUUAUUUCUCAUCUCUUGGAUUCUUAAUACACAGAAACAAUAGAUUCACGUGGCAACCACCGGUUUUCAUCAGUUUAAUAGUUUUUGGUUGAUGUUGUAGGAUCGAUGAAGCUCGAUGAGCGGUCCAUGUGGUGGAGGGAAAAUAAAAAUAAAAAAUAAAUUGGAUCAAUUAAUUGUGAAGGAGCAGGAGGGGGAGUGGGAUAAAUAAAACAUUGUGUUUUGUACUAUAAAGAGUUAGUUUGCCUUCGCCCUCGUUCAUAUGCACGAUUUGGCCGCCAAGAAGCAUUGAACCGGAACUUUAAAAAUUGUUAGACAAUGAAAGAGGCAGAAAGAAGAACUUGCUUUACAACUCGGUGAUUUUAAGUCACAGGUGGUUGCAUAACAAGAUAUAAACAGUAUGAGGCACAUAAUUAAAAAUAAACUACGACAUCAUCCACCUAAAAUAGCAAAAAACUAUUAAACCGAUAUAAACCAGUCGAGGUUACGUGAGGCUAUUGUUUCUGUUGUAUUAAUAAUACAAGAGAUGGGAGAUUAAUCAAAAAAGGGUUUAUUUCAUCCCUAACAUACUACUUUCCACUUUCAGGAUCAAAAUAUUAAGGCGAAAAGCUAUCACUGAAACGCCUAGUUUGCUCGUUCAAUUUCUCCAUAUUCCAAGACACAAAUAAAAUCCAAAGUUGCAGCCGAAAGCAGUAAAUUUCUAAUAUGCGAUAAAAAGAAGAAAACCUUUUAAAAACGUGGUGCACUUUUUUAUGCAGCCCUGUCGCAGUGCCCUACCGGAGGGUCUUUAAAGUUUCUUCGCCUUAUUUAUUUUAGGGAAGGUUCCCGAGAUGCACGCAUGCGUAACGGAAGAGCAGGUAGACUGUGUUUCAAAAGUUUUAGGUAAGGAAUGACUGUUUUCCAUCACCUUAAGCACUUACUUGCCGAAGUUUUCCCAUUUCGUUUUUGUGCUGCGAAAAUACAAUUAUAAUGCUCAACUAGUUUUUUUAUUGGACUUUUUGUCUACUUCUAUGUAUUUUUUUUCUAAAUGUCGCGAUUGAGAGGACAAACAACAUGCUUUGGUGAACCGAUUUUUCGGACAUCAGCAUACUAAGGGCGCCGAUUUUUGAGCCCCUGAACCCUCCCAACCCCGGUGAAAAGAUGAAGAUGCAACACCGGGAAAAUUUCGAAUAGUCAUGUUUACGACAAACGAUAAUUUUCCCUCUACUUCUCUUUAACUGUUCUUUCCUACUAAAGUUUCACAUUAUUUUCAUCCAUAAGAAUUGUUUUAAACUGUUUUUAUCAGCUCGUGUUCUCGAUUUUGAGAAAUACUUAACUUGAGUCUGUCGUUUGCCGUUUGCCAUAAACGUGACUUUAAAUCUCUCUAAUAUUUUCAAACGUAAACAAAAUAUAACCUAUUGGCUGAACUACAUGCAGUCAGUUAUUUCCCAGUCUUUAAUUUCCUAAUUAGAACAUUUUAAUUAUAUAAAGUAAACAGCAAGUCCUGUGAGUGUGAAGUUCCCUGUUAUCAGACCAAAUUUAGCACUGAAGUGUCCUAUACAAAGUUUCCUAAUCCUGGCAUGGCUAAACUCCUGCAAUUGCAAGGCUACAACCGCGAUUUCCAAUACCAAAGGUAACUCAACUAAAACUUAAUAAUUAUCUCUAAAUUAUCAAGAACUUUUUUAGUAGUCUGAAGUGUCAGCAGGGGUUUGACUGUAAUUCCUUUUUUGCGGAAACCUGCUUAAUACUGACACCUCAUUAUCACGGACAGUUUCCUUUGUCCCUGGGGAAACAAAGCCCUUAAAUUUUGUCUUAAUUCAACCUGAUACGGACACUUUUUAUGGCUCCCUCAGUGUCCGUGUAAAAGGAGGUUAACUUUUAGGUCAUUGCUAUGAUAAAGGAAAGUGCAAAGGUACUGAAAAAAAUUAUUUACUUUUUCCCCACAGGGAUAACCUUUUACUUUUACAAGUUGGAUUCAAAUCACUUAGUUAUGAGAUGCAAGAACAGAGACCAGCUUAUGAUAUCAAUUCUCUGUUUGGUAAAGUAUUAUUCAAAUUGAGUACCUUAUUAGCCCUAGUAAACUAAGAAGUGGCAACGAGCAAAGUCAAUGCGUACCUUCGUAUAACAAUGUUAGGAGCUCAUAACGCAUGAUCCUGUUCAUAUGCAUCCAUUUUUGGGGGGAAUUACAUUAACUUGGGGGAAAGUAUAUGAACGCGGAUAACAUCUCAUUAAGAUAUUAAACUAUAAGCUAAUUUGCACGUGACAUUACACCCGCCAUCUUAGUGUUCUAGACAAAAAACAACGAAUCCCCUUCUUUAUUGAGUGUCUUUAUCAAGUCAUCUGCGUGAAUGUUUUCACCUGUAAAUACGUGAGCUUUAACAAGGUCUCCAAGUAAAAGUUAAUGGACAAAAGGAUAGAAAAAUGAAUAUUCUACACAAUCAUCAACUUAAAAACUCGCAUUGACUAGCCAGUCUCAUUACGUGAACAGGAUGCAAUAGGUGGUUUUCACGUUACGUCAUCGCCGCCAUGCUGGUGGACGGUAAACAAAAGAUGGCUCAUUAGCUCGCUUUGUUUGUCCACCAGCAUUUGUUCAUUUCACCAUUUUUAUUUGUGUCUCCCGAGAUUGCUUGAAAACCACCUAUAUGAUUAAUGUUUCAAUACACAGUUGAUGUAAGCAAAUUCCAUUUAUACACAACUUUUGUCAUUGGGCUAAUAGACCUAUUUGGAUUGUCUGCUCAUUUUUCAGGUGAUAUAGGAGGUAGUAUGGGUUUAUUCUUGGGGUGCAGCCUGUUAACUAUCUUCGAGUUCUUUGACUUUCUCAUCAGCCUCCUAACAAGACGACGGAAUCGACGAUUCCCUCAUCCAAUGUCAGUAGAAGAAGCACCGAAAAAUCAAUGA